UGCUUUUGUGCUUAAAAACUCAUUUACGUUUCCUGAGAACACAUGCCAGCGUCUCAAACUUUCUGAAUUUCAAGAAUCUCGGGUUAGAAAUCGAAAGUCUGGCGACAAUAUCAUGUUUGGCUCUACUACAGAAAUGACAUAAAGUAGCCGAUGUGUCGUGUUUUAAUAAGCUUAAUCAAGAAUUCUUGUAUGUGAUUACACCAGGCUUUUUACUCUGGGAGAGAAACGCGCGAGGCGUACGUUACAUUUACCACGCAGUGCUGACCCCCUUUAAGGUCUAAGGCGAGUUGGUGAGUCGAGGAAGAAAACUCAAUCGACUUUAACAUUCAGAGGUGACGACAAAAAUCAGCCUCCACCGAUUACAGUGCAUUGCUACUAUUAUUGUUGAGGAAAAAUCGAGAUUUUGAGUCUACUUCCAGCUCGUCGACGCAAAAUCAAGAUGGAGACCGACAACGCAGAAGAACUGAGUUAUGUCAACAACGACGAAAGCUCAUCGUUUUACAGCGAAAACGAUGAGCAAUAUUCAGACGAUGAUUUUGGAUCCGAAUGCAGUUGUUCCACGUGUAGCACAUGUUCCACAUGUGAACUAUGCGAGGAGGAGCUAGCGGAGGAGGAGUUUGGGGACAGUUCUGACGAGGAAAUGAGACACAAUGUUCCCAGAUGUGAACCUAAUCUUCAAUUUUGUAACAGCGACAGUGAUAAUACGGAAAAACAAAUCCAUGCGCUGAACAACGAGUUACAACGAACAACCAAAAACGGUUACAAGACCGAUGAACAAUAUAUCAUCGAGAAGGUUGCGAAUGUUGUGGUCUUGAAAGCGGACGCAUCUCAGUUUCAAAAUGGAGGUUAUAUCACUGGGAAAGGUAAAACUCAGGAACUUCUUCUUGGAGGGAAACAGAGGAAGAAGAGAGUGACGUUUUUUGAUUCCUCGUCAUCAUCGGAUGUACAAGCCGAAGCCUUUUCUAUCUCUAGUCUCUCUGACAGCAGUACAAGUGGUUGUUGCGCAGAUUUUAACCAACAUCUCCAAAAUGGCGAUAACUUUGAUCACAAAACAAUUUCAAGCGAUCCAGUAAAGGAACAUAGUAAUGACCUCUCCGAAGGCGAUUUGGACAGAGAAUACCAUCGCUUAAAAAGUGUUUUAAAAACGAUCGAUCCCUCAAAACUUCUUGGUGUCCUAAAACACAGCUUGAAAACUAAAGACUUGGAAACCAUCAACGCCUUGGGAACUUUACUUCCCAAGAACAAGUUUACCGCUGACACUGUUCACUGUGUUCGCUGUCACAAAGAGUAUGACCCUCACUUUGGCAGAAAAAGAUGCACUCUCUACCACCCUGAGAAAGACGUUUGGAAAAUUUCUCAAAAUUCUCAAGGAGCUACCUUCAAGUGCGGCCUGUGUUCGAGUCUAUUCACUUUGCAAGGAGCCUGUGACUAUAAGCCAGGCACUGCGAGUGAAAAGAACUGUGGGAUAUGCUUUGAAGGUGUCCAUACGCCCGACCCUAAUGAAGUUAGUUACCAGCCCUCUGGCGCAGCACAGUGUUGUGAAGACAAAGGUUGUAUCGAAUUUUACGUUUAGUGGAGUGCAUAGUAACGAUGCAAAACUUUUUUUGUGUCAUAUCAUUAAGAAUCCCACGAGUCGUUUUUCAAUUUUCGGUAUAUCAAGAAAAUGCAGGAUAAAGGAAGGAUACUUCAUAGUAUAUAAUAACACAGCGUUGCAUAAUUAGUUUACAGCCUGUCCUAUAUCAACACAAUCAAUUCAGAGUGUAACACCGUCAAAUAUACAACACCCUCUUUGUAUCCUGAUUGGCGGAUUUUUUUCACAGCAUAAUAUAAAAUACUUAUUUAGAUUUUGGCUUUACAGUAGUACCACUAACUAUGGAAAUGCCUCAUUUUGACAUACUGCUGAAUUUCACGGUUGCUGGCAACAGUUAUGGGGUUGUGAUAUCUCUUUACCUUUUUGUUUUGUUUUCUGUCAAAGAUAUCUUCCAGGCGAGAGCAGUUUUACAAUACCCGCUGUAAUUAGGUGGCAAAGACUGAAGUUAUAACACCUGAAAAAUCAGAGAUUGUGUCAGGCUUUCAGUCAAAGAAAACAAGCAAUAGAGUGGGCGCACGAAAAAUGGCUGGCAGAUGGACGCGGCAGCUGCGGUUGUCAAGAAUGAAAACCAAAUCUUUCGCGCUCCCACUCUUUCGUGCGUCUUUUUUGACGGAGAACCUGGAACAGGCUAGAGCAACCUUUCGUCUGGUUCAGCUGAUGGCUUCAGCUGAGCCUGCGAACAGGCUCUCAAUUGGUCGGCGACACUAGCGGCGAGGUCCACUUGUUUCGAGCUCGCUGGCGGUGUAAGCAGGAGUCCGCGAGUAUUGUGGUUCAAAAAUAAGAACCAGACUUCUCGAAGAGCUCUUGCACGCCCACCUUGCUCGCCGACUCUCGUUUGAGAGUAAAAAUGGGGUAAACCGUUAGCCGUAAACC